AUGCCGAUUGCAGAGGUCCUGGACGGGACGUCGGAGGCGUCGGUCGGCACGCCGGCGCCGCGCCUCGAGGCCCUCGUCGCCCGGGCGGCCCGGCUCGCCUCGGAGCUCUGGCGGGGAGCGGAGGAGCGGCCCGCGGCCGCCGCGCCGGCGCGGCGCACGACGGUGAUCGUGAGCAACCUGCCCGCCGCGGUGGCGAGCCAGGACGGCGCGCGCGGGUGGCUCGACGAGCAGGGCUUCGAGGGUACAUACGACUUCCUCUUCUUCCUGCCGGGGAAGGGCCGCCGUGGGCGGGGGGGACAGGGCGCGGAUGCCCAGGCGCGGGGCCACUUCAUCGUGAACUUCCGGGCCACCUCCUUCGCACGGCGGUGCGCCCGCAGCCUGCACGGGAGGCCUGCCGGAGGGGCGGCGCUGAAGGUGGCGACGGCCAAGAAGCAGGGCCGUGAUGCGCUAGUGGAGCACUUUGCCGACGUCUUCGAGAGUUCGACUGUGCACGCGCCGUGGGUCUUCACCGACGCCACGGGUUGGCGCAGCGCAUAG